AUAUCUUGGAUCAUCCAUUGCAGGCAUGGAAUCGUCCUGUGGAGUCCUUCUCCUUGUACUCAUCGCUGCUGCGGCGAAAGCUUUCGCUGCUGCUCCAGCGUCCAUCGACUGGCGAGCCAGGGGUGCUGUGACGCCAGUGAAAUCCCUUGGAAACAACUGCUCAGAUGGGAGCUGGGCAUUUGCAACUGCUGCUGCCGUGGAAGGAGUCCACUACAUUGCGACUGGACAGCUCGUGGACCUCUCGGCCCAGCAGCUCCUCGACUGUGACACGGCCUAUGGGAACUCGGGUUGUAGCAAAGGCUUCCCCCAGAACAGCUUCCCCUAUCUCGAGGAGGGUGCCGGCUUGCACAAGGAGGCGGACUAUCCUUUCACUGGAAGCUCUGGCUCUUGCAAGAAGAAGGAUGGUCUCGUGGUCACUAUCGACAGCUUUGACAACGUCUGGGGUUCCAGCAGCGACGCCGAGAUGGUCGAGCGCGUAGCCAAGCAGCCAGUGACAGCUCUAGUGGACGGAGACGCUGACGCUUUCAAGAAGUACAAGAGUGGCAUUUUCAAGGGACCUUGCUCGGAGGACAAGCCCCGGCUGGCGGUCCUCAUCGUCGGCUAUGGCUCGGAAAAGGGCGAGGACUACUGGAUCAUCAAGAACUCCUGGGGGACUUCGUGGGGCGAGAAUGGCUACAUGAGGAUCCAGCGCGGCAACCACGGUCUCCCCUAUGGGCGAUGCGCGAUUAACUCGUUCGUCUACUACCCGACCAAAGCUCCCUCCACCACCGGCUCUCCCGACGGCCUCGUCGGCUGGUGGGAAAUGAACGAGAGAAGCGGCAGCGUCGCCAAGGAUUCCUCGUCCAGCAACGCCGCGGGAGCCAUCUCCGGCGCGUCGUGGAGCUCGAGUAGCGGCCUCACUUUCAGGGGCUCGGGGAGAGUUUUCUGCGGUGGCGGGGCAUCGCUGUGCGGCAAGACGCCAUUCACACUCGUUGCAUGGGUGAAGAUCGCCGCGUCUUUCAGAUCCAAAGGCGUGAUCAUGCAACAGCGAGGCCCCGGGAGCUGGAGCGGCAAGGUGACAACCGAUGGCUAUAAUGGCGAGUAUCAGCUCUACGUUGAGGGUGGCAAGCCGAGCUUCUGGGUGUACGGCGACUUCGCCGACCAAUUCCGUUUCUCGGCCUCGGCGUCCGUCAAUGACGAUCGGUGGCACCAUGUCGUGGCGGUGAGGCAGGGAAACCAGGGUCUUCUCUACGUGGAUGGAGAGCUCUCCGGAUCGGCCAGCGGCGAAGCGAAGAACUUGGUGUCCAAUCUCCCGGUUUACCUUGGGUGUGACUGCCGGGACAACGUUGACUUCUUCACUGGAUCUCUCUCGGGCUUGAGGAUUUAUAACCGGGCUCUCUCGGCUGCCGAGAUCAAGCAGCUCAAGGCAAGCAGUGCACCGAGUGCUAGCGAUACCACGUCGCUCCACUCAACUGGUUGAGGUCAAAUGCCUGCCUCUCCCCUGUUUUCACUAACUCUUUUGGCCUUUCAAUCAAAAAGUUGACCGGGCAUCAGCUUUUUUAAGUGCAAUAACCUUUAGUCGACAAAGUUUAUCUUGAAAUUUCUUAGUUCCAUUUCAUUAGAUUCAAAUCUAAAUAAAAAUUAAAGCAGACAUGAA